AUGAGUCGCGGAGACAACGCUGGUGCAAUUGUCCCUAGUUAUGUUGUUCAAGAAGAAGGAUCACACCGUGUAUUAGUUUAUCUCGCUAUACCUGAAUUACGUGUGGAAAGAAAAUUCCGGAGUGGUCUGAAAAAGGUUCCAAUCAAUGCUGAAACAACAAUAUUGCAUUUUGACACACACGCAUUCACUUUUUCAAUGACAGUUCAAACGAAAAAGUCCACCGAUCUAAUGUAUAUGUUAAAAAUUGAUCGAUUAGCGGGAGAAAUAGUUCCAGAAAGAUGUACAAUCAAGUAUCAACGCGGCGGUGUGUGGCUGACACUUUACAAAGAGGAUACCAUGUCUUGGAUGAAUCGUAUUUGUGAUCCACAAUCUUUUGGUUUGAAUAUUCCAGAAGAAAAAGAAGAUAAUAAAGCAGACGAUGAUUUUUCAUCUAAAAGUCCAUUUCCUGCUCCUUCGGCACCACCUGCCUCUUCUCCGCAAGUUGUACCACCUUCAUUUUAA